UCUAUCUAAGAUGACAUAUAGUAGCAGUUGAACAACAACAACGACUAAGACUAAUAUUAUUAGCAGAAACAAACUCAAAUUUCACCACCACACCAUGAUGAUAGAUGAAGUAGAAGAAACCUUAAAUUAAUUUUCCACCAUGGAUGGCGUAUUCAACCUCCCUGAAGCCACCAGGAGCGACUUUCUCCGCUCUCUCAUGCACACUUUUGGUUGCACAUACAUAUGCCUCUGGCACUGCCACUCAUCAUCUAAGUAUAUUUAUACAUACAUACGUAUCACUACUUGUAUAUGUUAAUUUGUUUCUCACUUUCCUUUUUUUUUUAUUUGGAGGUGUAGUAAUUUAUUGUUCUUGGAUGGGAUUUACAAUAAUGUAAAUAGCACCAUAGCUGAAGAAACGCUUUUUAAUCUAUAUCAGCGUUUAACCUUUGAUGCCGCCAAUGAUGAGUAUGUGGGUUCCUGGUGCGGCUUUCAAGAGGCAUAUGGCCUACUUAGAGCUUCAACAAUUGGAUCUUCUAAGACUUGCAUCCGCAGUUAUCCAAACACAAUUCUAUCUGGAAGCAAGGAUUGAGACAGCUAUUUUCAUGGGGUGCAGCAAAGGGGAAAUUGAGCUUGGUUUCUCCACUAUCCCUCAAAUUGACAUGAAAGCAGCAGUGAAGAGUUUAUUCCCAGAAGAUUUUUCAAGAGAGCAGAUUCAUCAUCCAGCUUCAUCGUCUUCAUGUUCUUGCCCUAGCGAUGAAUUCUCAUCCUUACGAGGAGUAUUGUUACCCGCACCAGAGGGUGAGCAAGAAGCAAUCAUAAGAGCAAUCCUUCAUGUCGUUAUUUCUUCUUCUUCUUCACCAGCCACCACUACUUCUCAACCACCACCAUAUAAUAACAGUGCUUUCAGGGCAUAUUCUUCAACUGCUUACAAUUUAGUAACAAGUAGCAGCAGCAGGAGGUUUAGUUUAAUGAAGAGAUCUAUAGAAUUCUCUAGAACCCUACAUUUAAUGAGAAUUAGAGACCGCUUUCAUUUUCAACGACAACAUCAACCGCCUCAUCCCCUCAUAAUUGGUACCCAGAAUGCUAAUAAUAAUAACCAUCUUCAUCGCAUCAUAUCAGAGAGAAGAAGACGCGAGAACGAAAACAAGUGUUUCCGGGAACUUAGGGCAUUACUUCCUCCAGGAACUAAGAAACACAAAUCUUCGGUUCUUAUAGCGGCAAAGGAGGCAUUGAAGUCUUUAAUUGCUGAAAUUGAAAAGCUUAACAUAAGAAACCAGCAGUUAAAAACACUACUUGGUUCAUCAUCAUCAAGCUAUGUUAAUGUUCAUAUCUCCUCAUCACCAUCAUCAUCAAAUGAGAGAUUGAACGUUGCGGUGUCGCAUGUAGCGGGGUCGAGUUCAUCGGAAGAGAGAAUGGUGGAUUUGCAAGUCGCUGUCAGAGGAGAAAGCUCGUCUCAUCAUCAUCAAUCUGAUAUCAUGAUUCGCAUAUUGGAAUUCCUGAAAAGCCUUCAGAACCUCAGCUUCGUUUCCAUGGCCGCAAAUACUACUACUAAUACACAAGGCACAACCAUCACCCAAAUCAUCUUCAGAAUAAGGAUUCUUCAGGGAAGUGAAUGGGACGAGUCUGGCUUCGUGGAAGCAGUGAGAAGAGUUGUGUCUAACUUAGCUUAAUACGUAAUUGACAGUUAAUUAUUUUGUAAUAUGGUGGUGAAGAAUAAGAAUCACUGAGUUAAUUAUUUUCUAAUUUUUAAGUAUUUAAAUAUUAAUUUUAGUAUUUAUAAGUUAAUUAGAAUUUUUGUAGAAAAGUAUCAAAUUAUACACAAUAAAUUUUUUUUUUUUGUGGGGGAGGGGGCUUUUCUGUAUUAAUUUUGUAUAGUUGUAGAAAUUUUUGUACCAUUAUUGAAUUAUAAAUUGUGAUGCUUUAAUAAUUAUUUCUGACAUUUCGGUACAA